GAAAAUUUAGUAACGUCGUGGCUUCGGUGAAAGCAAGUCGUAAAAAGCAGGUUUUUCGUAUCAGGAACCGUAUCGCGCGGACGAUUUUUCGCGGGCGAGAGCUUUUCCUCUGUUGGGAAGGAUUUUUCCUCUGGUGGGGAGUUUUGGAGCUAGGGCUCGCUUCACGUCGGUGUGUUGUUUAAAGUUAAAGCCAUCGGUUGGGUCGCUGGGUUAUUGUAGCGAUUGAGCAUAAAAGAGGAUUUGGGCUAGCCCCAACCGGACGUAAAUUGGCAAAUUAUGUGAAACGUCCCUUCCGGUAUCGUUAUCAGUGUUUUCAGCCUGUGGGCGGUUUAUACGAGAUACAAUAAAGAUCGACCACUAUCGAUUGGUGGGACUCCUUCCGACUCGAAGAGAAGGGUUUUUGUUACAUCAGACAUCAACACAGAAUCCCCUUCGUCUUUGCAAUCUGCUGAACUUCGCGAUUCGUUGGCAUUCCAAACGGAUUUGUUGUUGUCCGUGCGAUCCACAUCUCGAGCGGGUAGUGUGGCGCUAGUGGUGUGAGUGAGAAUCUUAGCGGAGCGCCUGGUAGUGAUGUAGGUGUUGGGAAAAACGAGGUUUUCCUUUGAUUUAUUUCUCGCAAAUUGCGAUUUUAUAGGCGAAAGUCUGUGUUUGUAGUAUACAAAACCCAUAAGAAACAAAAGGAAAAACUUCACAUAAAUUCAGGCGCCUGAUGUAAUAUAGGCAAAACAAGAUGAAAAUAUAUGCCCUUGCAAACAAACGAAAAAACCCACUGCUGAAUCGUUGCUGGCAAUAGGAUUCGCGGGAAAAAUAAAGCGAAACCCCAACGCGAGGGUCGAUUUAGCUCGAUGAUUUAUUGGAACAAGUGUUUGUGCGAAUGAAUUAUUUGUAGGCCAACCCAGCUGUCACUGGCUAAAGUUGUUGUUGCCAAUUCCGCGAAAGAAAUCCCUCGGAAAAUAUCAGAAAAUAAAAACUCUGCCUCAGACUGGGUGGAACGUUUCUCAAACCGAACAUCCCGCAAAAAAAAGUUCAAUCCAAAUUAAAUUGCGAUUAGGCUUCGGCCCCCAAAAAUUCCACGACUGAAGUGUGGCAGAAGAAGAAAUCAAAAUCCGAAUAAAAACAAACAAGAGUAUAUUAAACAAAAUAAAAAAAUCCAUCUUCCCCAAAACGCCCGUAAGCUUUCAUAGUGUUCCGGACAACGUGGAAAAAAUCGGGAACGGUCAGUGAAGGUUUUGGUAGGGCAGUGGCAAGUGGCGGUGAAUGAGAAGAAUCUUGAUGCCACACGCACGACUCGGGGCUCGUAACAACCGGUGAAGAUCUAUCUCCAUCCCCGGCAGUCCAUCAUCAGCAUCGGUAACAGCCUGAAGCGGCAUCAUCUGAGUACUGGCCGGUGCUCUGUAGUGGUAACACGAGCUCUGCUUUCGAUCAACUUUUCAGAGCGAGUAUUUUGACAGCUGACAGACGCGCGCGGAUGGAUUUCGUGCCGAGGCGAGUUGGUUUUUAAAGGUUCAUCCGUUAGCAGAACACAAGUUACACGUGCGCGCAGGUGCUCAGCCAGCGGAAAAUUGCUUCCUUGCAUCACGUUGUCGCAGGAUACACGUGAGCCUCCCUCUGUUCGUCGCCAUUAUUGUGGUGUCCCUGAAGGCAACAGAAGACUAUUUUUUCGGAUUUCGUUCGAAAGCGUAGGACGCCAAAGCCAGCAACAAGGACGACGACGAGAACCUGUAAGCCCUGAGAACGUUGCUGCGAAGGUGUGCUUUCGGUUAGAAUGACAAACGCAAGUACGUAAUCCGAGAUGAAGCUGCACCGUCAUUCGGAGCAUGAGACUUGAAGAGUGCCAUCGCAGAAGCUGUUAUUGUUUUUCCACGCGAGGUGAAAAAUUUCCGUUGCUUUCCUAAGAAGAACCUUUUGUGGAGUUGUGUGGGUGAAAAUGGGUUGUGAAGUGGUUAGGUGUAAAGGCAGCCAAAUGGCAAGUGUGAUUUAUUCGCUGGUGUUGGUGAGUGUGUGCCUGUUUGGCAGUACCGUUGGGGCCCAUUAUUGGGAUCAUUCGAUGUUCCUGGACGAUGACUACCGGUUGCUGUGGACCGUUUCGGGGUACGACAUAACGUUCGAAAUCCAAGCCCGCACGCACGGCUACAUCGGGCUGGGCUUCUCCAAGGACGGGACCAUCUACGGAGCGGACGUCGUCAUCGGUUGGGUCGACCAAGGACAAGUUCAUUUUCAGGACCGGCACGUGAAAAAGAACGGCGAUGGCAAACCGGUGGUCGAUUCGUCCCAGGACUACGUCCUCCUGCUGGGCUACGAGAAUCAAACCCACACGGUGCUGCGGUUCAAGCGGAAGUUGGACACCUGUGACGUGGCGUACGAUGUGCCGAUAACGAACGACACCAUGCGAGUGAUCUACAUCUACCACGACGAAGAACCUCGGGGCUCCCAGUACGCCCCAGGUAGCCUUCCAGACCCGGCCGAAGCGUUCAAGCAGGCACGUUCUCUCUUCCUGACGCAACGGGUGAACCAAUCGCCAAUCAAGCUCGACGCCCGGAUGAAGAUCAUGGAGCUGCGCAAUCAGGACGUGGAGCUACCCGCCGAGGGAUACAUCCUGCACUGGUGCAAAGUGUUCAAACUGAACGAUAUCAAUCGCAAACAUCACCUGAUUAGGUACGAACCGGUGUUUGAUUCGGCCUCCAGUGUGCCCUUCCUGAACUACAUCAUUUUGCACGAAUGCCAAGGUUCGUCACCGGAUCUGGAAAUUCUGUCCCGCGAAGCUGGCCGUCUUUGCUACAAGGUGGACCGAGCAGUGCUGACCUGCAAUUCAAUUGCGGCCGCGUGGACGCGCGGGUCCGAGGGUUUCUCAUUUCCCGCCGAAGUUGGCUUCCCGAUGGAUUCGAACCAGGCUAGAUUCUACCUGAUGGAGACGCACUACAGUAAUCCAACGGAGGAGAUUUCUUCGGUGAAGUCCAAAUUGAUGGUUGAUAACUCGGGGCUCAAGAUCUACUAUACCAGUUCGCUGAGAAGUCACGAUGCCGGAGUUCUGUCGAUUGGCAUGGAUCCAAGCUGGAGACACAUCAUUCCACCCGGUCAGGAACACGUGCUUUCUGAGGGACAUUGUGUAGGAGAAUGCACUCGUAAGGCUUUUCCGCGGGAUGGAAUCAACGUGUUUGCCGUCAUGAUGAAAACUCACCAGAUUGGACGGCAGAUAAAGCUGAGGCAGAUUCGCCACCGCGAAGAACUGAUGCCGAUUGCCCACGAUAAGAGUAUAGAUUAUAACUAUCAGGAAUACCGAAGACUGGACUCUCCGGUUAAAGUGCUGCCUGGAGAUCGCCUCAUUGCGGAGUGUAUCUACGAUAGUUCCAAAAGGGCAGCCAUCACACUUGGUGGGUUAACCGCCAGGGAGGAAACUUGUCUAGUUUUAACCCUUUACUACCCUCGGCAAAAAGAACUGACCACUUGUCACUCGUUGCCAAGUUUACCCACGGUGCUCCACUCGCUGGGAAUCGACACCUUGGUUCCCGGUUCCAACCCGGUGCGGAUCAAACUGCCGACGGAGCUCGCCGGAAUGACUCUCGAGACGCGUCUCAUCUCGUACGACUGGCAGAACAACUUCAAAAGUUUUCAGCUGGCAACCCGGAAAGGAUCCUUCAAGCCACUCUGCUGGAGUGCGAAAAAUCACCCGCUUCCGGGCACCGACAACCUCGAAGGCUACCCACCGAACAUCACCAAGUCCUACAAAGUGCAACGGUCCUGCAGUUUCCUUCGCAGUCCAUUGAGUGGCACCAAUCCCAGCCUGGGCAACGUAUCGUUCCAAAAUCGCAACCGCUAUCUGACGGAAUCGGAAGCAAGAGCUGACAGUAAUAGAAUCGACCGAAAGUAUCCACCGACUAAAGAUGAUGACAUCGACGGUAUCGAGGACGAGGAUGAGAAUUCUAUCGAUCAAGACGGAAACAACGUGAUAGAGGGAGCCGCCCGAAGUAAAGUUUCCCGCAGUUCCGUAACGGAAUUGAUGGGGCUGAGUGGUGCUUCGACGCCAACGAGUGCUCUGUUGUUGUUCCGGUCCCAGAUGAUGGUAGCGUACUUGCUGUUCAUCAUCUUCCUGAACUCGUUCCGGAUAGCGUAAGGCGAAUAAGGGCAACGGAAAUGACGAGUUGCAACAUUUUUUCUUCGAUGGGAUGACCAGAAGGGACUGACUGUGUGUAUGGAAAGAGGUUAAAACCGUUUAACGAUAAGUAGGCAACAAAUUGCACCGUAUCUUCUGUACAGAUGCGUUCAGAGAAGAAUUCCGAUGCAAACUAAAAAAAGGUCGAGAACCGUAUAAAUUGAUCGGAGAAAAAAAGGAAGGAAACGGAACUUAUUUUUAAAAUGGAGAACAUUUCUUCGAAACUUACUUGUUCCGAUUGUUUUUUUGUUUUGUUUCCUGUUGAAAGGCAAAGUCCAUAAACUCCGAAGCUAGCACUCUUACCAUCGUGGAAGAAGGUGGGAGGGUCCUGGAAUUAGCUAAGAGCCCCCAUCGCUUGGAUGGCUCCGGUGGUGCGGGCUUUCUCAAUCUAGAAAACUUUAAUGAAGAUACUUUUAUAAAACGACUAAAGUUAAUUCGGUAGCCGGACCGAAGAAACAGGCAAAAAUGUUUUGUAAAUAGCAGUAAUUGUCAACUGUAACCUGAGCAGAAGCUGUUUUGUAAAUAUAGUGUUUUUGUACCAGCAGCCGAAGCCCAUCCCCGGGCAAGUAACUUUAGCGCAGUGGAAGAGAGCAACCAAACACGAAAGAAAAAGUAGCGAAAGUAAUUUUUAAGUGUCGAGAGCAAGAAAACUAAAACUCGUUAAAUUAAGAGAUGGCAUUAAAAAAAGCGAAACUGUUCCGUACUUCUAGUCAGUAGUAGUUCAGAGACACGUAAAAGCAUCGGACUUGAUUUUGUUGAAGCAUCUUUGUCGAUAAGCAUACACUAACGGAAAGUUUUCCUAUUUAUUUUUUCUCUGCGAAAUGUUGGUUCAAUCUCUGAUAAAGGGCGUCCAAAGUUUGGGACGCCAUAGGUUUCCUCCGUAGCUGCUUUGUUAUACGACGAAUAUUUUUGUAUGAUGGGAUUCUAUGUAUGAGAGUGGGAUUGAAAGUGGUUAAAAAAUGGAGUUCUUCGGUGUCGAGGCAAUGGUUUCGAGAGAUAGUACUACAAUUCGAAAAGUUACAACCUCAUUCCAUCUCCCCGAAAAAAAAAAUCGUACAUCACGAAAACCAAUAUGUUCUGUAGCCAACAAAAAACAAGAAAAAAAAGCGAAAGACAAUCAUAACCUAUUACGGGAAAAAAUUGGAAAAGAAUGCAAAGGAACUAGGAACUUAACAGCGAACGAAAAGAGCAUUAUUUAUACCGGAACAUGUGUGCGAGAGGCAGAAAACGCGAAUCUCGAAUUUAUGAACAAAAUGAGAAAAGUUUUAUGGAAGUAAGAAAUCGAUGUGGGUUACGAUUCGGUUGGUAUGGUGUCAGCACUUUUUGCUGCUCUCUUGUCGUUCUAUUUUAUUGUGGAGAACGCUGCGAGAAAAAACCCUCAUAAUUUGGGGAAAACUUUGCAUCGCCAGCCAAAAUGAGUCGUGGGGGAGAAGGUGAAAAGGAGAAGCGAGCGAGGAUGUGAAUGAGUUGGUGCUAUAUUAACUUGUUUGAAAGAAAUAAACGAUCCGAAAGUACAGAUAGGGAUACCGUAUAUCACAGGGGAAUUCGACCAGCAUACCGAAAUGGGGAUCAAGUGCACGAUGAGGGGCUGGAAGGGCAAAUUGGAAACACGGUUCAAUUAGGGCGUCUACAUUAGAAAUGUUUUACCCCCCAAUGUUGGAUACUUGUUCGAGUUUUCUAUCACCUUACUUAUGGAAGGGGAUACUAGAGCAUAUUUAAAAGUCUACAUCAGUUAGCAUUAGCAUAAACGUUGCCCAAGUGGGAAAGUAUUGUAGUUGGUACAAAUUCAAAAGCUCUGAUGAAGAGGAAAAUAGUAUAACAUCCGAUGCUUGAUGGAUAAACAUUUGAGUUUGAUUUUUGUUCCUUAGAUGAAUCAGAAUUCAGAUAGUCAAAACAUCGAGAAACAAAAAUUCAAAAUCAUUAUUUUCCAUAACCUGAAUUUUAACCUUUUGUCCCUCCUUUUCCUUACUUCGAUCUUUUUCUUUCGACUUUUAAUAUCUCUGAAAUUUCGUCAUAGAUU